AUGAUCAGAAUAAACGUUAGUAAAAGAUCUUUUUCAAAUACAUCUAAAGUAUUAGCCAAUCAUGGUAAACCACAAAACCCACCUAUUGAUAAUACAAUCAGAAUGAGAAUUCAACCAAUUAUUAGAACAGGUGAAACAAUUGAUAUUAAAAGAGCAAGAUUAAUUUAUCAAUCACGUAAAAGAGGAAUAUUAGAAAGUGAUUUAUUAUUAAGUAGAUUUGCUAAGAAAUAUUUGAAUACUUUUAAUGAAGAAGAAUUGGAUGAAUAUGAUAAAUUAUUAGAUGAAGCUGAUUGGGAUAUUUAUUAUUGGGCUACUAAAAAUUAUUCAGUAACUCCAUUACCUGAUAAAUGGAAACAAUCUAAAAUUUUAAAAUUAUUACAAGAAUCAGCUGAAAAUAAGGAGAAAGAGAUUUUAAGAAUGCCAGAAUUAGAUUUAAAGAAGGAGAAUUAA